AAACCAUGUUCGUCUGACAGUUGAGAGAGAAGGCGAGAGAGGAGAGGAGGAGGGAGAGAGUGGGGUAGCCAACGGCUCCCCGUAUUUAAACCCGGUUUUUUCUCUCCGUUCCUUCCUCCUGUCCUUGCUUGAUCCUCCGCCUCCUUGUUAAUCGCUCUCUCUCCGGCGGUCGUCCGUCUUUGCUCGCUUAGAUUCUCGAUGGGAGACACAUUCUCUUUCUCCGCUCAGAUAUUGUUAUUGCGAUUGAGUGUUAUUAAAAUUUGCGAAUGAAACAAGAAGAGAGUGAAUCUCUAGAAAAUGCCAUGGCUGUUAAAGAGAUCUCUGCAAAUGGGAUUAGCAUAAAAACAUCAGAUGUAGUGGCAAUGCUGGACGAAGGAAAUAUUCAGGAGGCAGAGUCUUCACUCCGAGAGGGUCUUUCACUCAACCAUGAGGAAGCUAGAGCUCUUCUUGGUAGGCUGGAGUAUCAGAAAGGUAAUGUUGAAGCUGCCCUUCGGGUCUUUGAGGGUAUAGAUCUUCAGGCUGCCGUUCAACGAUUUCAAGCUCCAGUUGAAAAAACUUCUUCAAGGAGGAGUCGUUCUCGGAGUGAAUCACUUCAGCAAGUGUCACAACAUGCAGCUAGCUUGGUGCUUGAAGCUAUAUACUUAAAGUCGAAGUCUCUCCAAAAACUUGGGAGGGUAACUGAGGCUGCUAAUGAAUGUAAUAGUGUACUUGAUGCCGUUGAAAAAAUAUUUCCUCAAGGUAUACCAGAGGUUCUGUUGGAUAAUAGGUUGCAAGACAUAGUAAGCAAAGCUGUCGAGCUUCUACCAGAACUAUGGAAGCAAGCAGGAAUGUUUGAAGAAGCAAUUGCUGCCUAUAGACGGGCUCUGCUGAAUCAUUGGAAUCUCGACAAUGAAUGUUCUGCUCAAAUUCAGAAAAAGUUUGCUGCUUUCCUUUUGUAUGGUGGUGUUGAGGCUGGUGCACCUAGUUUAGGUGCCCAGAUUGAUGGUUCAUAUGUUCCAAGGAAUAAUCUGGAAGAGGCAAUUCUUCUAUUCACAAUUCUUUUAAGAAAAUCUUGCCUUGGUGUGAUCAAGUGGGAUCCAGAGGUGUUGGAACAUGUUACUUUUGCACUCUCUCUUUGUAGUCUUACUUCUGUAAUAGCGACAAAAAUUGAAGAGGUUAUACCUGGAAUAUUUACUCGCUCUGAGCAAUGGAUUGACAUGGCUCUUUGCUAUGCUGGAGGAGGGCAAAAUAUUGUUGCCCUAAAUUUAUUAAGAAAAUUGCUUAGUAAACAUGAAAAUCCAAACGAGCUUUUGGCCUUACUGUUAGGUAGCAAAAUUUGUUCAGAGGAUUGUCUUCUUGCUUCUGAAGGGGUUUCAUAUGCACGACAUGCUGUUGCAGUUGCAGAAGGCAGAUCUGGACACUUAAAGGGUAUUGCUCUUCAUUUACUAGGACUCUGUCUAGGAAAGCAAGCGAAAGUUGCCUCGUCUGACUUUCAAAGAACUCAGUUACAAACUGAAGCUCUGAAAAAAUUGGAUGAGGCUAUCUCUUUUGAGGGCAACAAUCCAGAGAUGCUGUUUGAUUUAGGCACUAAAUAUGCUGAACUUCGUAAUAUGCAUGCUGCCUUACGAUGUGCAAGGGGAUACAUUGAUGCCACAGGUGGCUCAGUUAUAAAAGGGUGGAAACUUUUAGCCCUUGUUUUAUCUGCUCAACAACGGUUUUCGGAGGCUGAAGUGGUUGUAGAUGCUGCCUUAGAUGAGUCUGGCAAGUGGGAUCAAGGUCCAUUGCUUAGAUUAAAAGCAAAGCUAAAAACUGCACACUCUUUGGCCAUGCAUGCAAUUGAGACAUAUCGACUCUUGCUUGCACUUGUUCAAGCCCAAAGAAAAACUCCUGGACCUGUGAAGAGUAUUACUCAGAUUGAAGAUGAGAGAGUCAAUGAGUUUGAAGUAUGGCAAGGUCUUGCAACCUUGUACUCCAAUCUUUCACAUUGGAAAGAUGCUGAAAUUUGUUUGGAGAAGGCUAGAUCACUAAAUUACUACUCUGCUACAACAUUUCAUGUUGAAGGCAUUAUGCAUGAGGCUCGUGGACAAACGCAGGAAGCAUUGGCUGCUUACAGCAAUGGCCUCUUGCUAGAUAUGGAUCAUGUCCCCUGCAAAGUGUCACUUGGUGCUUUGCUAUGGAAAACAGGUUCAAAAGCUUUGCCAGUGGCUCGGAGCCUCCUUUCUGAUGCUCUGAAGCUGGAACCCACAAAUAGGCUGGCCUGGUACCACUUAGGGUUGAUCCACAGAGAUGAUGGACGUGUUGCCGAUGCAUCUGACUGCCUCCAAGCUGCAAAUAUGCUUGAAGAAUUGGAGCCUGUGGAAAGCUUCAGUUAAAUCCAGUUUUUAUCCUUCUUCUGUGGGUUUGGUUUUCUUGUGGAUCCCAUUUUUACCAUUGUAUAUCUCUUGCUGAUUGGUGUAGAAUUAUGUAGAGUAUUUAAGUGGCAUGAAAAUUCUGGAAAUGUUUCGCGCCCUGUUCCAACUUUUAGUAUUUUCAGCUUCUGUGAUUA